UCAUCUUAUCACACACAAGACUGCAACAUUUAUCCACGAGGUAUCAAUAAACGUUUCAUAAAAAAACAAGCUUCACAUGUGUCGGACUUAAAAAUCCCUAUAUUAGAAUCAUGUUGAAAACAACAUUGCAUGGGCACCAUAAUACUUUAUUUUGCCUUGCUAACAGUAAUGCUUUCUUGACGGAGGUUUUGUAUUGUACCAUUGCAUUAGCCAUUACUCUUCUCCCUCCCCUCUCCGUGAGGUUUGUGACGCCAGAGGAGAAGAAGAAGCAGGGCAUCCAGCGGGACAACGAGGUGCUGCUCCAGAGACGCAAGGACCAGAUCCAGCCCGGGGGGGCCACGCUCAGCGUCACCGUGCCCUACAGGGUCAUCGACCAGCCCCUCAAACUAGCUCCGCAGGACUGGGAUCGCGUGGUGGCCGUUUUCGUGCAAGGUCCUGCCUGGCAGUUCAAGGGCUGGCCUUGGCUGCUACCUGACGGAUCUCCUGUGGACAUUUUCGCUAAAAUCCGAGCCUUCCAUCUGAAGUAUGACGAGCAGAAGAUGGACCCCAAUGUGCAGAAGUGGGACGUGACCGUGCUGGAGCUGAGCCACCACAAGCGCCAUCUCGACCGGCCCAUGUUCCUGAAGUUCUGGGAGACCCUCGACAGAUACAUGGUGAAACACAAGUCGCACCUGAGGUUCUGAGCCUGGACCGUGGCCUCCUUCCUCCACAGGUCCCGUCAAGGCAUUUAUAAACUCCCGCCCCAAACCUAGCCUUCCUCCUCCCCACCAGGACUACCACUAGAAGAGAAAGGAGACACACGGGCCCACAACACCCCCCCACCAGCACUUUGGGGACCCAGAAUAGACCCGCGUGUUCAGAUAGUCAUUCAGGAAAAUACUUUCUACCUGGUCUUCAUGGUUUUCAUAGAUAGAAGCAGCAGAUACAGUAUGUCUGGACAUUGGGAAGGGGAGGUUGGCGCUUCCCAUGUUUUUCAAGUUCCUAUGUACAAUAUACCAAAACUAUAUAUUUUCUAACAGUAUAGCGUUUUACUGUGGAGACAGAUUGAAGAGCGAGAGAGAUGGAGAGAGAGCGGAAGGGGGAUGGAUAGAUGGAGGUGGGGAAAACAACUUCCUUUGUGAAAUGGAUCUUGUAAAUUCCAUGUGAAACAUGAGCUGGAUAAGAAGCCCUUUGGAAAUCUGGUGCUUCUACACCUGCAUUACUAGCUGUUUGGGGUUUUAGGCUGGGUUUCUGUACAGCACUUCGAGAUAUUAGCUGAUGUACGAAGGGCUAUAUAAAAUAAACUUGAUUGAUUGAUUGAUUGGUACAAAUAAAAAUCACUGCUGGCAAUAAGGGAUAGGAGACCUCUUUGUCAGUUUCAUUUUCCGAUGUUUUUACUUCCUUGCGAUAGGAACAUUUAUGUCUCUACUUUUUUACUAAAUGCUUCCGAAAUGGCACCCUAUUUCCUAAAUAGUGCACUACAGUGCUCUAUGAAGGGAAUAGAGUGCCAUUUGGGACAGAAUCCUAGUUUGAAAGCGCAUAGGUGUGCAGUCUUAUAGCCAAGGUGCAUCUGAGCGACAUUCCAUGCAUCCAAAUGUAUAUAUGAUGAUAUAUGAGCCAGACUUUGAAGAUCAAAGAAGCUAGGUAUCUUAUUCUUGAUGCAUAACAAAGCUAAUGAUUCAGCAUAGAUGGGUUCAAAUGUUCCAGACAGUAAAUUCCCAAAAAAAUUUUUUGCAACUACACACC